AUGUCCACUCUCACUCCCGCACUCCUCCGGCUGCAGGACGAUGUCUGCAGCGCCGCCGCCCUCCGUUUAUUACGACACCUCGACGCCUUUAAAAAACUCGCCGCCUCUGAAGGCGCCGACAUCAUCCGAAGAGACGCCGAAGAUGCGGAAAAACUCAACGCCGGUAUUAAAAUCGCCCGCGCCAAGGGAGUUCUCGCCGACAACCCAAACGUCCCCCAGCCCACACGCAUACAAGUGGCGGGAAUGACCGCACAGGAGGUCACACAAGAGAUACUGCGGAAAUUACCGACCAAAGUGGGAAAUGUUAUCGUCAUGCAAGGCCUCUCGGGCACGGGAAAAGGCACAACAGUCGAGAAACUGCAGAAACAACUGCCGAAAUGUGUAACGUGGAGUAAUGGGAACGUUUUCCGCAGUUACACAUACUUGUGCCAUGAAAAACUGCAUGGGCAUAUUCGCACAGACCUCCUUACUCCUGAAUUACUAAAGGAGGUGGAAGAAGAAGUGAAAUUUCAAAAAAUGCCUGAUGGUGAAUUUGAUAUUAUUCUCAAGGGAAAAUUACGUGUUUCGGAAAUACAAAAUACACUGCUGAAAACCCCUGAGAUCAGCAAAGCGGUUCCAACGGUGGCAGAACAAACACAAGGUGAAGUUAUCCGUUUCGCCGCUGCAGCCGUAAAGGAACUCAGUCAGGCGGGAUAUAAUGUUAUUUUGGAGGGCCGCGCCCAAACACUUAAUUACAUUCCCACACCACUGCGGUUUGAACUCGUUAUUGACGACGUCGCCGUGCUUGGAGAACGGCGUGCGGCUCAACGAGUAAUGGCAAGAGCCCUCACUGACAUGAAGGAUCAUCUGGAUACAGCCACAAGUAAGGAUGUAGAGGAAGCUGUGUUAAAGGCUGUUACAGAACUAUAA